AUGUCUCCCUUUCGACCCCCGCGAGCCCUAGACGAGGAUCACCGAGAGUGCACUGCGACAAAGUGCUCCAUUAAAGGAGGACUCCUACAACCCUUUCAUCGCACUGCAGAUUGCCAAUGCCAUGAUGUUAGUGUGCCGCUCGAGCAAGUCACUACGAUUGUGGCGGAGGGUGGUAUUCCUUUGAUACGUAUUACGCGUCCGCUCUCCGGAGGCCUGGAACUUGAGGUCGUUCCAUAUGGGCGGACAAGUCUCUUCACAGCUGUUUCUCAUGUCUGGGCUGAUCGGCAAUUUGGUUCAGCGAUGAAUGCGCUUCCUGAGUGUCAAGUGGAGUAUCUUGACUCAGUGCUGGCUGCAUUACCUCGGGAUGUCGAGCAUUGGCAUCUACGCGACUGGUACCAGAAGAUGCUUUCCUCAUCUGGCUCUGUGGACGGCAUCGAGCCGCCUAGCCGCACGCAUUAUUUAUUCUGGCUAGACGCCUUCUGCAUUCCCCAGGACACGCAGCAUGACGAUUUGAAACACAAAGCUAUCGAGUGGGUGAACCUCAUAUAUGCUGCAGCCUGGCACACUUUGGUCUUCGAUGCUGGCUUGCAAAAACUGGAUGCUGGGUAA